AUGGCGAACACUAAGACCGACUUUUCUACGCCUGAUAUUCCGAUGUCUGAGGCAGUAUUUUAUGUCUCAGCAUGUACACGAAUCAACGCGCCUGCUAGUCUGGUUUUCCGCACUUUACGGAACACCGAGACAUGGCGAGACUGGAACCGGUGGGUGCCCAGAGUAACAAUCACAUUCCAGCCUGAAGAAGAAGACGAUGCCACACUCGCGGAGAUCGAAGAACUGGUGCGCAACACAUCCAUCGCCGUGAGUUUCGACUCGGAUAUCACAGAUGGAGCUGCCAGGUCAUCCAGUCCAGGCCCGAAGCGAGGCAGUCGUGCACAGGGUUCAACAGGAGGAAACCCUUCGCCUCUGGGCACUGGUGGUGAUUCAAGGCGGAAGAGCUCAGAAGGCUUCAGUCUUCCACCAGUGACGCGUCAACGUCUGGCCAGCAAUGCAAGCAGAUUCUCUGAAAGGCCUAGCGGUGAAACACCUCGGUCAAAUUCGACGAAUGGUCAAUCUGCGGCCCAGAAGUAUGCAGCCGCAUAUGAAGCGCGGAAAGCAUCCAUUGCAUCGGGUGAACAGCCGGCCCCAGCCAAGAACGCCGUGCUACUCGAAUCGCCCGCCCACCCAUCAAUCCUCAUGCCAGCCCCGGCGAACACGCCGUCAACCGCGUUGGCGGUUUCGAACAAAGCCUCCCGGCGGAAAAGCGGCACCAGCUCAUCGCUCCGGCGCCAAUUGCACAUUAACGCUCUCUACGGAGAGCCCAGCGUGCGGAUCCAAGUGGGCACACGCAUGACCUUGCACAUGAGGAUGAAACUGCCUCACAGCCACGAAUCGCGCGAACAGCAUGUCGUCGUCACCGAAGUCUCCCGCCCGGAUGACCCUCUGGACGAUGCCGACCCUGAAAGUCUGAUGCGCGCUCCCACUCACACGGCUUCCAAGUCCGGGGUGUAUCGGCUUGUCUGGUCGAUGGUGAACAGCUACAAUCCGCCGAAAGCAUAUCCCAAAUUCAUGUUACAGACGCAACGCGUGCACGAAAUCCGGCCGAUCAUCAGCGGUGAUGGGACGGAGACAUGCGAAUAUUGGGACUGGGAGGCGCAGAAAGGUAUCCUGGCCAAAAAGAACAAGAGGGAGCAAGCCAAAUACAUGGAAGAAAGAAUGGCCGAAUGGGGAACGAGGUUGGGCGAGUUUUGCGAAAGCAUGGGCGGCGCAGUCGAGAGGAGAGAUUUUGUGAGCGGUUGA